AGGACGAUAAACUUCUCUAUCGGUCUUUGUCGAAGGAGGAGGAAUAAGAUCCUAAUCAUCAACUGUUAGCUAAGGAAAAUGUUCUCGUGCAAGCUCCUCUUGCUCGUCGCAUCAUGCAGCAUGGUGCCAUCAUCAGGCUUCAUGCUCUCCUCAGGAGCCGCUCAUCGGCUCUCCCUCCUCGGCACAAGGAGGGAGGGAAGCGCUCCGCACAGGUCUGCAACUGGACCUGUCUGCCAGCUCCGGCCCGGUUCGCAGCAGGACAGGAAGUCGACCGGCAAUAUGCAGCAGGGCCUCAAGACGAUGGCAGUUGCCUGCAUUGCUCCUCUCCUCCUCUCCUCCUCGCAGCCGCCUGCUGCGUCUGCCCAUGAUCUCUCCCUUCAGAGGACGACGGCAGGGCAGGAGGGGUUGCAGGAGGGGUUGCUGAGAGGGAGGUCAGACCAGUUGUACGUGCUGGCGUCAGAGGAAGGAGAAGGAGGCGAGCACAAGCUGGUCGGCGAGUACCUGCCCUACGAGAAGUGGAAGGAGGGCGCCAGUAGCGAGGAGAUGCGCAAGCAAGUAGUUGGGCUGCUCAAGCUCGCGGCUAUCUGGAGCCCUCUUAUCGGUCUUGCUGCCUAUCUAGCACAGGAUGUCUACCAUACCGACAUCUUCAAGAUCUCCGCUACCAUGUUUCUCAUCCUGGCAGUCCCAGUCAACAUUCUCAUUUCGGGCUUCCUGUACCCGGGCGCAAACUGGGCUCAGAUACAGAACCUUCUCAGCUGGAUGGUGAUUUGGAGUCCUGCGGUUGCCAUCUGGGCGUUCACAAAGGCGCUGGACGCUCUUCGUGCUGAGGCAGCAGGUCAGGAGCUCGUGGAUCGACGAUGAGCAGUGGAGUGCGGAGGAGGAAGAGGAGGAGG